GGGCGGCGGAGCCCUCAGUAACCGGUACCGGCGCAGCGGCGGGGAAACGGCUGCUGCGCCCCGGCCGGAAAGGACCGAGGCGCGUCACUUCCGCUCGCCAUUUCGCGCAGCCCCUCCGCCGCCAUGACGGACCGCUACACCAUCCACAGCCAGCUGGAGCACCUGCAGUCCAAGUACAUCGGGACGGGCCACGCCGACACCACCAAGUGGGAGUGGCUGGUGAACCAGCACCGGGACUCGUACUGCUCCUACAUGGGCCACUUCGACCUGCUCAACUACUUCGCCAUCGCCGAGAACGAGAGCAAGGCGCGCGUCCGCUUCAACCUCAUGGAGAAGAUGCUGCAGCCCUGCGGGCCGCCCGCCGACAAGCCCGACGAGUCCUAGCCGGCCCCGGGCUCCGGGCCCCGGCCCCGGCCCCGCGGGGCUGGCCUUCGGCCCCCGGGAAGGCCCCGGCGAGCAGGGGGAGCGUUGGCGCCUGCGGCCCUUCGGCCUCGUGGUCCCUCCGCUUUGGCCUGUCGUCCCCUCGGAGGACUCGGGCAGGGAGAAGUCCUGCAAAAUGCCCGCUUCUGGACAGCUUCGGCUCUUCUAGCUUGUACAGUCGUUCGGAUUUCUUACAGUGGAAAAUAAUAAAACUUGCUGGGCAUUUCUAAUGGUUCGUUUGGCAAUCUGCUAAUAAGAGCUCUUUGUUCUAAAAGGAGUGCCGGUUACUGGGUAUUAAGCCUUUCGAUGCAACCGUCCGAGGUGCAAGUCUCAGAUACUUUACAGAUAGCAUUUUCCCAGCCGGGCUGAUCGGUGCUUCCUUACCAAAACUGUGUUUUGAGGAGAGAGAGGAAGCUUGCUCACACUCAGAGGGUCUCAUUUGUUGUUAGCAUUGGCUGUGUGUGGUGAUUUGUGGUACAGCGUCAGUCAGUUGCUCUAGUACUUUAAAACUCCAAAAUGGCUUUUCUUUAAAUACCGUUUUCUUGCCUCGUCUUCCUAUUUCCUGUACGUUGAGUUUUACAAACCUUGAUUCUCUCUGAUCCAACUUGGCUACUUUUUUUUUUUACUAAUGUUUUCUAGUCAUCUAGCAAUUAAAAUUUUUUCUGCGUUACACUAAAGUGUAUGAAUGUGCGCUUAGACACUGUUAAUAUGGAAUGGGAACUUAAGGGUUGCUCACGGCUACAUUGAAGUAAAAUGUGUUGAGGUGACAAAAUCUUAGACUGCAAACUGAACUGAUGUUGAUUUUGAAUUGUCACUUAAAAUAGGCUUUCUAUUCACUUGUCAUAGUAAAAAGAAAUUCUGAGUGCUGAUGAAUGGGAAGACCUCAGAGUAAAACUUAGAUAUGCUGCUUGGAGAAAUUAAGCGCUCUCAUUUCUGAC